AUGGCACUGAAAGAGGAGAGUGAAGUACUGAAUGAAAUGGAAGAGAACAUGAGAGUUCAUACUGGAGAGAGGCCUGACACCUGCUCUCAGUGUGGAAAGAAUUUUGAUCAACAUGAAAACCUUGAAGUCCAUAUGAGAACUCAUAGAAAGAAACUGUACACAUGCCCUCGGUGCGAAAAGAGGUUUAAUCAUAAACGACGCUUUGAAGACCACAUAAGAAUUCACACAGGAGAGAAGCCUUUCACCUGCCAACAAUGUGGAAGAAGUUUCAACCAAAAAGGACACCUUGACAGACACAUCAGUGUUCACACUGGAGAAAAGCCUUACACCUGCCAACAAUGUGGAAGAAGUUUCAAACGGAAAGAAAGCCUUAACUUCCAUAUGACCGUUCACACUGGAGAGAGCCUUUUCACCUGCCAACAAUGUGGAAGAAGUUUCAACCAAAAAGGACACCUUGACAGGCACAUCAGUGUUCACACUGGAGAAAAGCCUUACACCUGCCAACAAUGUGGAAGAAGUUUCAAACGGAAAGAAAGCCUUAACUCCCAUAUGACUGUUCACACUGGAGAGAGCCUUUUUACCUGCCAGCAGUGUGGAAUAAGUUUUACUCUAAAAGAAGGCUUUAACAGACACAUGAGAAUUCACAAUGGAGAGCAGCUUUACAUGCUCUGA